GGUUAAUUAACUCGCCUUUUUCAUAUACAAAUUGUGUAAUACAUAUUGACAGCUUGAGGAGCAAAGUGAAUCUAGAUUCCAUUAACAGCUCAAUCAAAGAAUAGAGAAGUGCAUAACGGUAUGUGCUUUCUGUGGGGCACCGUGAUGCUUACUAUUUCUAUGGGGGCACCCUGAUGCUUAGAUGUUGUGGUGGGGGCACCCUGAUGCUUAGUUUUUGUGAUGAGGGCACCCUGAUGCUUACUUUUUGUCAUGGGGGCACCCUGAUGCUAUAUCAUGAUUUUUAUAUUUGUUGUUCGGGUUUUAUUUAAAAAAAUGGAUUUAUUACAUUUUGUUAUAGUCACAAAAAAAUGGUCACAUAAUAAAACUACAAUAAAAACUCGUUUAGCCCAUUUGAGUCUCCAUUAUCAAUUAAACAUAUGUUUUUAAAAUAAUAAUUUGGUUAUGUGAUUACAUAGAUACAAGAUCGAAUGAGUUUUACAAAUAGAAACUGGAUGUAUCAAAGGAAAGAUGAAGGUGGGUAUCUUACUCAAGUAUUCAUCAAAGGAGUUGAUAUAUUUGUUAACUUUGCAAAGAGUAAGCCAGACUUCAUGGAUGGAAACAAAAUUAGGUGUCCAUGCACAAAAUGUCAUAAUCGGCAGUACCAAGAAGUUGACACCUUGAAAUUACACUUGGUGAAACACGGCUUUGUUCCAAAUUAUUUUUUUUGGAAUAGACAAGGUGAAACAUUGAGUGAUAAUAGUCCAACUAGGGAUCAUGCUUUCGAGAAUCAAAACUUUGGUUUUGAAGAUAUGCCCUCAUGUUCCUAUCGGCAAAUGGUCAUGGAUGCGGCUGGUCCAGACUUUAUCCCAACAAGGAUUAUGGAUGAAGAGCCAAAUGCAGAAGAUAAAAAAUUCUUUGACAUGCUAGAAGCUACCGAUAAACCGUUGUGGCCUGGUUGUGAAAAGUUGUCACAGUUGUCCAUUGUAUCCCGUUUAUUGAACAUUAAGUCAGAGUUUCGUCUAUCUGAGCAAUGCUUUGAUGCAAUUUGUCAACUAUUUAAGGAUGCAUUACCAGAAGACAAUAAUAUGGUUGAUAGCUUUUAUGAUAUGAAGAAGUUAGUACAUGGCCUUGGACUUCCAGUGGAGAAAAUUGAUUGUUGUAGUUCAGGGUGUAUGUUGUACUGGGGUGAAAAUAAAGACUUGACUGAAUGCAAAAUUUGUCAGCACCCUAGAUACAAGACAUCUAUGGAUUCGUCUAAGCAAUCGCGCGUACCUAACAAGCGAAUGCAUUAUUUGCCACUAACUCCAAGGCUAAAAAGACUCUAUGCUUCACAGAAGACUGCUCCUUUUAUGAGAUGGCAUGAUGAGGAGCAUGGCCAUGAUAUAGGAGAAAUGUGUCAUCCUUCUGAUUCUGAAGCUUGGAGGGAUUUCAAUGUUAGUCAUCCUUCUUUUGCAUCUGAAAAUCGUAAUGUUAGGUUGGGUUUAUGUACAGAUGGAUUUCAACCCUUUGGACAAUCUGGACAACAAUAUUCUUGUUGGCCUAUCAUGGUUACACCUUAUAAUUUGCCUCCAUCAAUGUGUAUGAAGGAUCCUUAUAUGUUUCUGAGUGUAAUAGUUCCUGGACCCGAUAAUCCUAAACAUAAGUUGGAUGUCUUUCUUCAACCUCUUAUUGCCGAGCUAAAGAAUUUAUGGGAAGAAGGCGUUCUUACAUAUGAUGUGUCUUUGAAGCAAAAUUUUCAAAUGAGAGCAGCUUUGUUGUGGACGAUAAGUGAUUUUCCUGCAUAUUCUAUGCUUUCGGGUUGGGGAACAUCUGGGAGAACUGCGUGUCCUCACUGUAUGGAACAUUCUCAAGCAUUUUAUCUUCCUAAUGGAAAGAAAAUGUCUUGGUUUGACAAUCAUAGAAAGUUCCUUCCCCUUGAUCAUUCAUUUCGACGAAAUAAAAGUAAGUUCACAAGAAAUCGUGUUGAAAUGGGGCCUCCACCUCCUAUUAAGAGUGGAAGCCAAAUUUUGCAAGAAAUUGACGAAUUCGGAUUGCUGAAUGUUAUAGAAGAUGAUGCUGAGGAAGUCAACAAGGAAUGUAGUAAUAUUUGUGGAUGGAGAAAACGAAGCAUCUUUUGGGAUUUGCCCUAUUGGAAAACUAAUGUCAUUCGACAUAAUCUUGAUAUCAUGCAUAUUGAGAAAAAUUUCUUUGAGAAUGUGUUCAACACUGUAAUGAAUAUAAAGGGAAAGACAAAAGAUAAUGUGCAGGCAAGGGAGGAUAUGAAACUCUUUUGUAAUAGAAAGGAGUUACAAAAAAAUCCUCUUACAGAUAAGUACCCUAAGGCAUGUUAUUCAUUAGACAAUGAUCAAAAGAAGGUCAUAUGCGAAUGGGUGAAGAGUGUGAAGUUCCCAGAUGGAUAUGUUUCAAAUCUUGGAAGAUGUGUUGAUAUGAAAAAGCAUAAAUUGUUCGGCAUGAAGAGUCAUGAUUGUCAUGUAUUUAUGCAAAGGCUAAUGCCAAUUGCUUUUCGAGAGAUGUUGCCAGUUAAGGUAUGGGAAGCACUAACUGAGCUAAGUCUUUUCUUCAAGAACUUAAGUGCAACAACAAUUAAAGUUGAUGACAUGGCUAGAUUAGAAGCUGAAAUUCCAAUAAUUCUUUGUAAGUUGGAGAGUCUACUUGUGCCUGGGUUUUUUAACUCGAUGGAGCAUCUACCUGUGCAUUUGCCUUAUGAAGCUAAGAUCAGUGGCCCAGCACAAUACCGAUGGAUGUAUCGUUUUGAAAGGUAAAAUUUAUGAUGCUUGAUAAAAAAUAAUUUCUCCUUCUUUUUUAAUAUCUAAGAUGUUUCUUUCUAGAUAUCUACAUGAGUUGAAAAAGGAUGUGAAAAAUAAAGCUAAAGUUGAAGGAUCGAUUUGCAAUGCCUUCUUAGUUCGCGAAGCGUCUAGUUUUUGUUCUCAUUAUUUCGAGCCACAUGUUUAUACCCGAAAUCGUAAGGUUCCUCGAAAUGAUGAUGGGGGAGGGAGUGAAGACAUCACAGAUACUUUGUCAAUUUUUAAGCAUCUUGGCCGUUUUAGUGGAAAAGUGAAGAAAAGAAGGUUGACCGAAAAGGAAUACUCAGCGGCGCAUACUUACAUAUUGCUUAAUUGUGAGGAGGUUCAACCUUUCAUUGAGUAAGAUUCAAGUCAAACUCAAAAUAUAUUUAAUUAAGUUUUAAUGUUAUAAAUUUUAAUACUAUUUCUUUAAUGAUUAAUAGGAAGUAUGAGCACUUCUUGAAGGAAUUUAAUCCUGAUAUAAGUGAAGAAAGUCUUGCAACUCAAGUGGAGCAACACUUUGCUUCUUGGUUUGAGGCUUAUGUAAGAGUUUGAAUAAAAAAAUUAUAAACUUGUGUUUAAAUUAUUACUAUAUUAUCUCAUAUUGUAUUCUUUAUAUCAUAGGCUCGAGAAAACAAAAUUGGAAAUACAUAUCUAUAUGAUCUGUCUAGAAGACCAUUGACAUCAGUGAAAUCAUAUCCCGUGUAUUUCAUAAACGGGUAUAAAUUUCACACAGAAGCAUAUGGCGUUAAUAGAUCAACAAUGAACUAUGGUAUUUGUAUAACUGGAGCAUAUGGUGACUAUUAUGGAAAGUUGAUGGAAAUACUAGAAGUUGAGUACCCAGCUUUGCCACUGAAACGUACUGUGCUGUUUAAAUGUGAAUGGUAUGAUCCCACUCCUAACGUUGGAGUAAAAGUUCACAAACAAUACAAUUUGGUGGAAAUCAAUCAAAGGAGAAGGUUCAAUAAAUUUGAACCAUUUAUUUUAGCAAUGCAAGCUUCUCAAGUUAGUUUUGUGUCUUAUCCUACCACAAAACGAGGCAAAUCUGAUUGGUUUGCUGUAUGUAAAAUUAAACCAAGGGGGUGGAUUGAUAGCUCGAUUACAGAAACUGGUCACUCAAAAGAAGAUGCUUUUCAAGAAGAUGAGUGUGAAGCAAUUCAAAUCACAGAUUCUACAGAUGAGUCAAUUGCUACAUUAUGUGAUUCAAACAUUGAUAUGGAUAUUCCUGAUGGAGAUUCUGAAAGUGAUGAGGACGUGAAUGAAUUUGUAUCAAGUUCAUCCAGUAGUGAAAGUGAAGAUGAGAAUGAUUAUAAUUCUGAUAGUGAUUAGCAAUAUGAUCGACAAUGAGAUAGAUAUUAGCAACAACAUGCCUUUAUUGAUUAUUUUGUUUAAUUUAUUAAGACAUUCAUUUACUUAUUAAGACAUUCAUUUACUUAUUAAGACAUUUAGUUAUUUUGAAUAUUACUUUGGAUAUAUUUUCGGUUUUGGUAUUAUAUUUGCUAGGUGGUUCAGUAUUUUAUGACUUUAAAUGGCAGCAUAUAAACACAAAAUGUAGUCAUUGCUUGCAGGAAAAUGUCUAAGUUGCCACCAUCUGGUCGAGGACCAACCAAACGUAAGCGACCAGCAACUCCAGUGGCCAGAUUUGUGAGUCGUGUGCCAUCAUCAUCCAUUCCAUCAUUUGGUUCCUCCUCAACUACUCCACCAUCAUCUACUCCACCAUCAUCUACUCCAUCACUUGGUUCUUCGCCAACUAUUCCACAAGUUGGCUCAUCAUCUACCAGUCCACCAUGUGAUUUAUCCCAAUCUACCCCAUCACCCAAUACCGCCACUCAUGUCAGUACUGAUACACCUAUCUCAAAUAAUAAUUCAGAGCAACCACUACAUGUUAUUGGGUCUAUAGGACCAAAUGGCCGUUUGUGCAUUGGAGUUAAAAACAAACAAUUACUUCCUUCAGAAGAAUGUUCUCGAAAGAUUACUUCUCUUUUCAAGGAAAGGGUUGAUCCUCAUGGUUACUCAUGGGCUAACUUAAGUGAAGAUAUAAUAAAGUUUUAUUGGGAUGAGUUUAAGAAGCAUUGCUAUUGGAAUCCUAUAAUGGAAUCUUCAAUAAAGGCAGCGUGGACUACAAAAGCUAAACAAAGAUAUUCCAAUUAUCUCAGUAAUAUGAAAACAGGAAGAUGUCAGAGGAAUUCAUCAAUCACUCAAGAAGUUUGGGAUAGUUGGAUGACUAUGUGGAGUAGUGAAGAAUUUCAGAAGAAAUCUAAUCAAAGCAAAAAAAAUAGGCGUCAAGGUGAAUUAGAGAAGACUGCCCUAUCUACUCAUACUAGUGGGGCCAUAUCUCAUGCCAAAGUUGCCAGUCAAAUUGAAAAGGACUCCGAAACUACGGUGACAAGUUAUCAGGUUUUUUUGUAUACACAUACAAAGAAUCACGAUGGAGAGACUUUCGUAAAUGAUCAGGCUAAAGAAGUGAAUGAUGAAUUUGUUUUACGUCGUGAGGAGCUAAUUGAUAUUGGUGAGGAAGUAGAUGAUGAUGAGCUGUUCUAUGAUGUUGUUGGUGGACCUGACUCAAAGAAUAGAUUGUAUGGAACUGGCUCAUAUGGUACACAAAAUAUUCAUCGUAAAGCUUCAGAGUACUCUUCUGAAAUGGACACUUCAUCACCACAAUGCAGUAGUGCUGAAAUUGAUCAUUUGAAAGUUGAGGUGGAACGUUUGCAAAAGAACGUGGCACAACAAAAGGAAUUUCAACAACAAGCAGAACAAAAGCAACAAAAAACAGAUGAUGUCAUCCGUGCUUUACAAGAGCGGAUUGAAACUUUAGCUCGUAAUAGGUAGAGUUCUUUUUAAGAUGAUGGUCGGUUUUAAUUAGUCAUUUGAUUACUAGUAUUCUUAAAGAUGUAAUCACUAUUUGAGAUAUUAUUAUUGUUACCAAGAGGUUGGACAACCCAUUCUUUAUAAUUUAUAAUUUUUAUUAUUAUUUGAGACAUUA